AUGGGAAUCAUAGAGCAAGGAACAGUCUCAGGUACCUUGCCAAGCAAGGAGGCCUUUGUAGUCCACUUCCCUGGAUACCCAUCUUCUAUUCCCAAAGCUAUUGAAACCCUUGGAGGCAUUCAAGGCAUUACAGAAGCAAGAGGAUCAAUUUCAAACAAGCUUGAGCUGCGUUUCCGGCCAGAGGAUCCUUAUGCACAUCCUGCAUUUGGAGAACAACGUCCUUGCAGCGGUUUUUUGUUGAAAAUUUCUAAGCAAGAUAUCAAGAAACCUGAAACUCAACCUACAGUUCUUGCCACGAGUGAUGUGUGUUUGGAGGAAGCUGGUCCAGCUCUCUGUGCAGAUAUUGUUUCUCGUGUUUCCGAUGCGUUUCACUUCGAUGGCAUGGCUGACUAUCAGCAUGUUAUUCCUAUUCACGCGGCACAGCAUAAAAAGAGAAAGUUGAUGGAUGUGGAUCCCCUCGCAGGAGACAGUGAUUUGAUGAGCUUUUCUGAUGAAGAGGUAAUGAUGUUAUUGCCACAGGUCUUUGCACCCAAAGAUAUACCUGACAACGUGGCGUUGAAACCUCCGGCAACAUCUGGCCCCAAAAAGAAAGAUGAUGCGGCGACUCAGAACUUUUAUGAGAUGGAUAUUGGCCAAGUAUUUGCAAUUGAUUUUAGCGUCAAAGAUAUCCUUUUUCUUUAUCUGUUCCAGUUCAAUCUAAACUGGGAAGAAUUUGUAUCCCCCAGAUCGCACCACUGGCAAUGGCAGGUAUCAUUGGCUGCAUUGUUUGAAGAGCGGCCUAUUUGGACAAGAGAUUCUGUUGUUCAACGAUUGCUUGAUAAAGGUCUCAAAUGCACACAUCAUAUGUUAAACAGGUAUCUGCUCAGGGCUGCGUAUUAUUUCUCCAAUGGUCCGUUUCUUAGGUUCUGGAUUAAAAGAGGCUAUGAUCCACGGAACGAUCCUGAGUCUCGUGUAUAUCAGAGAAUGGAAUUUAGGGUUCCUCCUGAGUUACGAAGUUAUUGUGAUGCCAAUGCAACUAACAAAUCAAAGCCAAGGUGGAACGACAUUUGUGCUUUUAAGGUAUUUCCUUUCAAAUGCCAAACAUUUCUGCAGUUAUUUGAACUUGAGGACGAGUACAUCCAGCGAGAGAUAAGAAAGCCUCCCAAGCAGACUACUUGUACCCAUAAAACAGGAUGGUUCUCAGAAGCCAUGCUAGAUACUUUGAGACUCCGUGUGGCUGUGAGGUUCGUGUCUGUGUUUCCAGAGCCAGACGGCUUCGAAGAUGUAUUUAAAUCCAUUCAAGAAGAGUUUGAGAGGUCAGAAAAAAUUCAAACCUAUAAAGAGACACAUAAACCAUCUCUAGUGAAGCACAAGGAGCCAACUACUAAAGGCUCUGAAGACAUGGAAAAGUGUAAAAGCACAAAAGAUGAUGCUGAUGUUAUUGUUAAUGAGUAUGGAGAUGAUGAAGAUGUGGAUGAAGAAGACGAGGAGGAAGAAGAAGAAGAGGUCUAUGUGCCUACAGGAGACAAUGAGAUAUCUAUUGAUUCCCAUGGAUAUCUUGAAACUGAGAACAGCUCAAGAACGUAUCUUCAAGGCUUGUUUGAUAGCUUUCCAACGAGUGAACCUGGUUUGUAUGGAGACUUUGCUGUUGAUGAUGGAGAGUUUCAGAUAUACGAGGAAGAAUCUGAUGAGGGUUUGUAUCCUAUUGAUGAUAAUGAUGAGGAAGAAGAAGAAGAUGAUGAUGAUGAGUGAAUAUCAGUUCACACCACUGGUAAAGUAGGCUUUGUUCUAAUGAAUCUUCUUCCAGAAAUGACUUCACAAGGUCUCCUAGUCUUUUGAGUUCACCUUGCUUGAAAGUUCCAAC